CACUUGCACCGCGGGUUCGUACGAGUUAUUUUCGUGCGGCAAUCGUUAAAGAAUUUUCUGACUUAAUGAAUGUAGUCUUUGUUUCUUUACUGGCUGGCAAUUCGCACAGCCAACGACAUGGUGUAGUGGUAUUAACAGCUGAUGUCACUCGAAUAUCCACUAAAGUAAGGUCAUUCCUAGUGCACAGUGAUCAAUUGAGUGUGUGAAUAAAGAAACUGAGAUCAUCGCUGGUGUUCUGAAAUUUAUCCUUAAGACUUAGAUGUUAAAACUUUUUUGUAAAACGUUAUUGGAUACUAGGACAUAAUUAUCAGUGCUGGACCUACAUCGAUGCUUUCCUGAACGACUUGUAUUGUGUAUGGGAUGGGUGAUCCAAAAAGUAUAAAAAUCAAUUUAUCGGGAGAAAGUGAAGAUGGACAAGAUUCAGUGUCUUAUAACGCUAGAGGCGUCUAUUCACCGCCUCCAAAAGAAUUAAAGGAAUAUGAAUCACUUAAUAAUGCAUCUUUUUUAAGCGGAUCUCAAAAUAAUCUUUGCAAUGGGUCAUCUUCUGUGACAAUAACUAGUUCUGGGGCUCUACGUAAAGUGCCAAAUAAUAGUCCUACAAGUCAUAAAAAGCCAACAAUUUCUUUAACGCACUUACCAAAAAGACCCCCAGUGGAUAUAGAAUUUAUCGAUUUAUCGUAUUCAGUAUCAGAAGGUCGUAAACGUGGUUAUAAAACAAUUUUAAAAUGUAUAAAUGGAAAAUUUAAAUCUGGCGAACUCACUGGUAUUAUGGGACCAUCAGGAGCUGGCAAGAGCACCCUCAUGAAUAUUUUAGCAGGAUAUAAGACGUCUAAUCUGGAUGGUUCUGUUCUAAUUAAUGGAAAAGAUAGAAGUUUAAGACGUUUUAGGAAGAUGUCUUGUUAUAUAAUGCAAGACGACUGUUUAUCUCCACAUCUUACAGUUAGAGAAGCAAUGACAGUAUCAGCGAAUCUGAAAUUAGGGAAAGGCAUUACCCGCUCUGAAAAACGAGUUGUGAUAAAUGAGAUUAUAGAAACUUUAGGAUUACAAGAUUGUACAGAUAUUUAUGCAGCAAGUUUAUCUGGUGGACAAAGGAAACGACUCUCUAUUGCCUUAGAACUUGUAAAUAAUCCUCCAGUGAUGUUUUUUGAUGAACCUACCAGUGGAUUGGAUAGUUCAUCGUGCUUUCAAUGCUUAUGUUUGUUAAAAUCUUUAGCAAGAGGUGGUAGAACUGUGAUAUGUACAAUACAUCAACCCUCUGCUAGAUUGUUUGAGAUGUUUGACCAUUUAUAUAUGUUAGCUGAAGGACAGUGUAUCUAUAGAGGCAACGUUUUGGCAUUGGUACCGUUUCUUUCCAGUAUGGGUCUUAACUGCCCGAGUUACCACAAUCCAGCAGAUUACGUUAUGGAAGUAGCAAGCGGUGAACAUGGUGAUUUCGUGCAAAAAUUAGUUGUUGCAGUAAAUGCCGGACGAUGUAAUAAUUUUGUGCGACAAGCUGACCUCAGAGGAAAAAUAAUCUCUAAUGAUAUUGCCAAAGAAACAAUAACAGUGAAAUCACCCUAUGAGUCUCAUCCAGUGCCAAACGGAUUUUCUAAAACUUCAGCUUCAGCAACAUGUACAACAUCGUUAUUAGAUUCGUCUGAAAAUUUACCACAGAUAGAAAAAAAUGGUUUUCCUACCUCCGGAUUACUUCAAUUUUGGAUUUUAUUAAAACGGACAAUUUAUAUUACUCUCAGGGAUAAAACACUCACCAUAAUGAGGCUUAUUGCCCACAUUAUUAUAGGAAUAUUAUUGGGCCUAAUUUAUUAUGAUUUUGGUAAUAAUGCUGCUAAAGUAGUGAGUAAUGCUGGGUGUUUAUUCUUUACUACCAUGUUCACGAUGUUUACUGCCAUGAUGCCUACAAUUUUGACUUUUCCAAUGGAAAUGUCCGUUUUUGUUAGAGAACAUUUGAAUUACUGGUAUUCUCUAAAAGCUUAUUAUUUUGCUAAAACAUUAGCAGACAUACCAUUUCAGAUAGUCUUGACAGCCUGCUAUGUAAUGGGAGUUUAUUAUUUAACAUCUCAACCUUUAGAAGCGACUAGAUUUGUUAUGGUUUUGUUGAUAUCGGUACUAACGGCGCUGGUUUCGCAAAGUUUUGGACUCUUAGUGGGAGCUGCUUUUAAUAUUGAGGCAGGUGUAUUUUUGGGACCAAUAUCAACAAUACCGUUAGUCUUAUUCUCUGGGUUUUUUGCCAAUUUAGACGAUAUUCCAGUAUAUUUGAAGUGGGUGCCGUAUAUGAGCUACGUAAAGUAUAGUUUUGAAGCCACUAUGAUAUCGAUAUAUGGUUUAAACAGGACAGAAUUACUGUGCCCGGAUAUAUACUGCCAUUACAGAAAGCCUGCCAAGUUCUUAGAACAAUUGGCUAUGAAAGGUGAUAUGUUAACAUACACCAUUGAUGUUGUGGUUCUUUGUGGACUUUUUAUCGUUCUGAGAGUAUUUGCAUAUUUUGUUUUGCGAAUUAAAUUACUUCAAAUACGCUAGUCCAGGACACAAUAUCUUGACGAUAUUUCUUAUUAUGUGAUAGAUUAUAGUGAAUUUAUAAUGUGAUGUAUUUAAUAAUAAUUUUUAUAUGACAGUGAAAUAGUUAGCUUUAAUUGUAAAAUUAACAAAAUGAUCAUUGGUUAUAAAAUGUAUAAUAUACCGGUGUGAGCACCCUCAAGGUGGCAGUAGAGUUCGAGAUUUCAUGUUAUUCAGCACAAUAUUUUCAAUUCCAAUAAAAACAAUACAAAAUCAAGAGAAAUUAAAUAAUGGCAAGUAUAUCUGGUACCACUACCAGGUUUGGUCUUUAAUUGAUUCCCUAAAGUACCUCUUACGAAAAGAAGCGAAAUAUUAUAUUGUCAGUUUAGCGAAAUAUCCACUUGAUUUUUACUUUCAUUAUAAACAGUUAAAACUGAUAUGUAUUAUAUCAUUAGUAUAAGGCAAAUAUAACUUAUGUGAGUUUAUAGAUGCAAUUUUGUAUUAUGUCUUAUAUUUGGUGAUGUUUAGAAUUUUAAGCUUACGAUUUAAGUACCACAUGCAACAUCGAAAACACAAAACACAUUCUGCUCUCUGCAGAUCCAUGGCCGGCAAUGAAAUCAGGGAGAAGCAAAACAUUUCGCCGUUAUAAUUUCAGAAAUAAUAUUUCAAGUGCUUAACUGUGAAAAUAGUGCUUAAUUAUAUUUUUCAAACUUAAAUUUAAGAUUUUUGUACUAAAAAUAUCACUUGCUUUUUCUAUUUCAUGCUGUAUGUGGAUUUACAAACUACACUUGUUUUUAUAGCUAGUAAAGGGAUUUUUUAAUAUUUGUUUUUUUUUAUUUCCCGAAUAUAAGUUAUGGCGAAGGAAAUAUAAGUACAUAUUGUAAUAACAGAGUACGUGUGACUAAUGGCUAAUUUCUUGUGUUCAUGACGUUUCAUAGCAUCCGAAAAAGUAGGUUUUCAAAUUGUCUUGUCUGUUGAUGAUUUUACUGUACACGUAAUCUUUGAAGCUACGAAAAGUUGUGUGUCUGUUCAUCUCUGGCAUAAAUUUUGUAACAUUAUCUGAUAAUUUUGCAAAAUAAAUUCUAUUUAAAUUGUGCAAAA